AAUACUAUAUUUGAAUUUGCUAUUUGUCGAGACUCGAGACGAUUUAAAAUUAAGUUGCAAUCACCGUGUAGCUGCCGCCGUUCUAUACAGUUUUGAGCUUUGACACUCAACAAUGGAGUAUCUCUCUAUACUCCAUAGUUUCUUCUUCUGAAGUUCUGAUGAUUCCAAGUUUCCCAUCAAAAGAUCAUAAUGGCUUUGAAAAUCUUCAACUAUCCCUCUCUAUUCAGGUAUGUUCCCUACACCUGUCUUACCCUUCACUUUCUACAUUCCCAACUCCAUUAUUCCUCUAAAAUUGAACCCUCUUCUUUAAACCAAGAUGUAACCAAAGUUUUUCACAUAAUCAUCAAUUCAUCAUCAUCAUCUCAUCACCUAGAAGAAUCCCUAAAAUCAACUGGGAUUUCAAUUUCAAACGAACUUGUUGAAAAAGUUCUUAAAAGGAUUCGUUUCAGCCAUUCAAACCCACUUCAAGCACUUGAAUUUUUCAACUUAAUUGGAAAAAGAAAAGAUUAUUAUCACUCCCCAUUUUCACUUGAUACCAUGCUUUACAUCCUUGGUAGAAAUAGAAAAUUUGAUAAGAUUUGGGAGGUUUUAAUUGAGAUUAAAAGGAAAGAUCGUGGGUUAAUUACUUACAGAACUUUGCAAGUUGUUUUGGGUAGAAUUGCUAAAGUUUGUUCUGUUAGACAAACUGUAGAAGGGUUUAAGAGAUUUAAGAGACUUGUAUUAGAAUUUGAUACUGAAUGUUAUAAUGCAUUAUUAAGAGUUUUGUGUCAAGAGAAAACUAUGAUUGAUGCUAGGAAUGUUUAUCAUAGUUUGAAGAAUGAAUUUCAACCUAAUUUGUAUACUUUUAAUAUUUUGUUAUCUGGGUGGAAAUCUUCUGAGGAAGCAGAAAGCUUUUUUGAGGAGAUGAAGGAGAUGGGUGUAAAGCCUGAUAUUGUUUCUUAUAAUUGUUUGAUUGAUGUUUAUUGUAAAAGUAGAGAAAUCAAGAAGGCAUACAAAGUGUUUGAUGAAAUGCAUGAACGAGAUAUUUCCCCUGAUGUGAUCAGUUAUACUAGUUUGAUUGGGGGUUUGGGUUUGAUAGGUCAGCCGGAUAAAGCGAGGGAUGUGUUGAUAGAAAUGAAGGAGUAUGGAUGUUACCCAGAUGUUCCUGCAUAUAAUGCAGCUAUUAGGAACUUUUGUAUUGCAAAGAGGCUGGGUAAUGCUUAUCAGUUGAUGGAUGAGAUGGUAGCUAAAGGGUUGAAUCCAAACCCAACUACGUAUAACUUGUUUUUAAGGGUAUUUUUUUGGUCUAAUGACUUGAAAAGUGCUUGGAGUUUGUAUCGAAGGAUGAAGGUGGCGGGUUGCUUGCCGAAUACACAGUCUUGUAUGUUUUUAGUUAGGCUGUGUAAGAGGCAAGAAAAGGUGGAGAUGGCACUUGAGCUAUGGAAUGAUAUGGUGGAGAUGGGUUUUGGUUCGUAUACUUUGGUGUCGGAUGUGUUGUUUGAUUUGCUUUGUGACUUGGGAAAGUUGGUUGAGGCUGAGACCUGUUUCGUGCAGAUGGUAGAGAAGGGCCAAAAGCCUAGUAAUGUUUCAUUUAGGCGAAUUAAGGUGCUAAUGGAAUUGGCAAACAAGCAUGAAGAGUUGACAAAAUUGUCGGAGAAGAUGGCUUUAUUUGGAACAUCACACCACAUUCGUAGGCCAAAUGAGAACUUUGAUGAUGCCACAUAUUUGCGAUCAAUUGCACGUUGAGUUUGAGGUGUGCCUCAAGAUUACCUUGAAUGAUUCAUGCCGUAUUGGCUUGUCGUUAUGAAGCUUGUGAUCCUCAUGGCAUAUAAGUAAAUUUGUGACCUUCGAUGCUUGGCUGUGUUUGAUCAUCUUGUCACGCUGGGACGAAUGAUUUUGCUGGUUCAUAGUCAAUUGUCAGUAUCCCCCAGACUCGAAUGUUGACUCUAUUGUCAGUUGUCGGUAUGAUAGUAUGAAAGAAUGGAGAGAUGAAGCAAUUCACUACCAUCUGCUGGGCUUCUGGCAUAACAUGCUGAGCAGCCAACUGGCUCACUUGGAUAGACGACACUACAGUUGAUACAUGCAAUUCAAUAUACUAUCUGCCGAGCACAAAUUAAGAAUAAAAUACAAAUGAAACUGAUUCAUAACAGUGUCUAAAAAACACCUGUUCUAAAAUGUUAGGGAUAGACAGUAUAUCUCUUACUUUUGGAGAUGAGUACAAUCCGAUGUUACCCGACUAGCUGACUCUUCAGUUUACCUCAAAUUUUUAUUGCCAAGUGAUACGUAUCCGAGUCGGAUGUGAGUAUAAGAGUCCAGAUAACAUAAGAACAAUCAAGUUUUUGUAUGAAUUGGUUGAUCUUCCAGAAGCUUUUCUUGUAUUUUUGAACUGCUUAUUGUUUGGUUGUGACUUGUGAGUGUUGGGAUUUAACAAUUACAUUUAUUAAUCUACUUGUAACUCGUAAUAUACUUUUAAAAUAUACUUUCUCCCGACUUAUAGUUAUAAAAUACAAGGAUUUUUCGA